AUGGUUCAGAAAAAAGUAACACAUUGUGCAAUACUUUCCACAAGAUUUGUGGACACAGUGCAGCAUGAAAAGUACAAUGAACUACUUGUCAAACUGAUCGAUGGUUUCCAGCAAAGGUUCCAGGGUUUUAAAAAGCACAAUGACUUUAUGAAAUUGCCAAGUAACCCAUUUAAUGUUGACCCCACUGAGGCUGCUGACAAAUACCAAAUGGAGCUAAUUGAUCUUCAGAAUAACAAUGAUUUGAAGAGAUCUUUUGUGGAACAUGGUUUGCUAACUUUCUACAAGUGUUACAUAUCGUCAGAAAGUUAUCCUAAUUUGACAGAAGAUGCCAAGAAGUUUAUCGCUUUGUUUGGUAGUACUUAUUGCUGUGAACAACUGUUUUUACUUAAAGAUGGACGUUUGACAGCCUCAUUGCGUAUAGCGACUUCAAAUGUUGGAGCAGAUAUAGAGUACUUAUAUAAACGCAAACAAUGUCAAAUUUCUCACUAA